AUGUCGGCCCCUACUACCACCUCCAUCGCAUCCCUGUUCGACCCAGGAAUCCUGCGCUCGGCCUUGCUGCCGUCGCUGCAGGUCCACACCGCCCUCGCAAUCCCAACCUACCUCAUCGCCCGGUCCGCAAACGUUGUCGAAGUCAAGGACUUCCUCUGGGGUGCCGGACAGGUCAUCAACAUCUGGUACGCCUCGGUCGGUCGGGCAGUCAUCAAUGAUGGCGUUCCCGUCCGUGUUGCUCUUCGCGCUCUCUCUCGUCCGUCCAAGCUCCUCCUCGCCGGUGUAACCCUCUGGGGCGGUCGGCUGUUCUACCGGGUCCUUAGCCGCGCCAUCAAGCGCAACUUUGCCGACGACCCGCGGUACGCCGACGCCAAGACCAGCUCGGAUUGGAACUGGGCUCCUCUCACCCAGUACCUCCCCGAAGCCAUCUUCCAGGCCGUCAUUGCCCUCGGUUACACAUUCCCCUUCUACGCGGUCAACGCCAAGGCGCUCAUCAUCCCUACGGACUGGACUGUCGGUAUCGAGGCGGCAGCGGUCGGGAUCUGGACGGCCGGCUUUGCGCUCGAGAGCAUCGCGGACUGGCAGAUUGCGCACUACAAGGCUCAGGGCGGAAGGGGUCUCUGCAGGGACGGAGUAUGGAGCAUUGUCAGGCACCCCAACUACCUCGGCGACCUCCUCACUCACAUCGCCUACCCCAUCCUCCAACUCUCCACCCAGAUCUUCAACCCCUACACCCUCCUCGGCCCCCUCGCCAACUGGUACUUCCUCCGCCACAUCUCGGGCGACAAGGAGAACGAGGCCGCACAGGAAGAGCGAUACCGCGACGAGCAGCCAGAAAAGAUGCUGGAUCUCAUCGAGAGCAGGGAGGAGAAGAAUGCGUUCUGGCCCGGCGUCAAGGAGCUGGGUAAUGUCUGGUUCUGGGCGGUCGGAGCUGUGGGUGUUGCCGGCGUGUUUGGCGAGAGGGCGUUGAGGCAGUACUACUGA